AUGCAACUAGAUGACGAUAACCUGCGCACCGCUUGCGAAGAACUGGGCGCACGCCAUGUCGAUUUUAUUGCACGUGGUUUCAACUCGAAUUUUUGGGACAUAUUUCUGGUAUGUAUGGCCGAGACUGUUGACCAAACCUUAUGUGAAUACUACACUGACGAUUUGAAACGAGCAGAAAUGAUAUUGGCAUGGCAAAGGGUUUUCAACACGAUCGUCCACCAUAUGCGAACCGGCUACAUCGAGAGGCGGAAAGAACAAAUCACGAUAAGGCACGACGUGAAACCUGAGUAUUGA